UAUGAUAUAAAUUAUUGAUAUGUAGUGAAUAGUAUGUCUUUUAUGUAUUUAGUUGGUAAGCCUUUUUUAAAAUAAAAUAAAAAAAAAUAAAACCAAAAAGUUUAGUUAUAUUUUUUUUAACUAUCACUUAAUCAUUAUAUUGACUAAGUUAUAAAAAUGAAAAAAAUCUUAUAUUACAAUUUUUCUAUAGAAUGUAGAACAUCGAUAUAAACAUCGAUUUAUAAAUCGAAUAAAUUUUUUGAUACUUAGGUAAGGUAUUGAACAUUCUGUCCCUAUGCCAAGCCGAACGACGCCAUUUUAUUUUCUAGCAUCUUUCGUGGUAGACACGGUGUAUGCGCGGUGCGUAUCUUUUUUUCUGAACGCAUAUUCUUUUACGUUUGAGUAUUAAUUUUUAAAUGUAGCUUAGUGCCGGCAAUAUAAUUGUGCAAUUUCCGAAGGAAAUCCUUUAAGAUGGGCAGAGGACGGGAUCGUAGUCGCGACAGACGUCGCAGUCGUAGUAGAAGUAGAAGCAGAAGUCGUAGUCGGAGUCCUCGUUAUGGUUUAGGCUCCGGGGGCGGAGGUGGUGGAGGUUAUGGUGGUGGCGGACGGAGAAGCAAUCCCGGUGCUAAUUUACGGAAACCUAAAUGGGAUUUGAACCGCUUAAAACCAUUUAAAAAAGAUUUUUAUGUACCGCAUCCGGAUGUGGAAGCCAGACCAGACUCUGAAAUAGAAACCUGGAGAAGCGAUAACGAAAUCACUCUAAAAGGACGCAAUAUACCAAAACCCACCUUAACAUUCGAUGAAGCUGGGUUCCCUGACUAUGUAAUGGAUGAAAUUGAUAAAAUGGGGUUUUCCAAACCUACUCCUAUUCAAGCUCAAGGUUGGCCUAUAGCAUUGAGUGGAUGUGAUAUGGUAGGAAUUGCAUCUACAGGUUCAGGGAAAACUUUAUCAUAUAUAUUACCUGCAAUUGUGCAUAUCAACUAUCAACCAAAAUCCAGCCGUGGAGAUGGUCCGAUAGCUCUAGUAUUAGCUCCUACAAGAGAACUGGCUCAACAGAUACAGGAAGUUUGUGAUAAAUUUGCAAAUACAUCGAAAAUACAUAAUACUUGUUUGUUUGGAGGGGCUCCAAAAGGGCCUCAAGCUCGCGAUUUGGAUGCUGGAGUAGAAAUUGUAAUAGCAACACCUGGACGUUUAUUAGAUUUCUUAGAAAGUGGAAGAACUAAUUUAAAAAGAUGUACAUAUUUAGUACUUGAUGAAGCAGAUAGAAUGUUGGAUAUGGGUUUUGAACCACAAAUAAAGAAAAUUAUUGAACAAAUUAGACCUGAUCGUCAAACACUCAUGUGGUCUGCAACUUGGCCUAGAGAAGUGCAAAGCUUAGCUUCAGAAUUUCUGAAAGAUUAUCUGCAAAUUAAUGUUGGUUCUUUACAAUUAGCUGCAAAUCACAACAUCUUGCAAAUAAUAGAUGUCUGCAUGGAGUAUGAGAAGGAGACAAAACUUAGUACCCUUCUGAAGGAAAUAAUGGCAGAAAAAGAAAACAAAACUAUAAUAUUUAUUGAAACCAAAAGAAGAGUCGAUGAUAUUACUAGAAAAAUGAAAAGAGACGGUUGGCCAGCAGUUUGUAUUCAUGGAGAUAAAUCGCAAAAUGAACGUGAUUGGGUAUUACAAGAUUUUCGAAGUGGUAAAGCUCCAAUUCUUGUUGCUACUGAUGUGGCUGCUAGGGGUUUGGAUGUGGACGAUGUUAAAUUCGUUAUAAACUUUGACUAUCCCAGUAAUUCUGAAGAUUAUGUCCAUCGCAUUGGAAGAACAGGGCGUACAAACAAAACUGGCACAGCAUACACAUUCUUUACACCGUCAAAUGCUGCUAAAGCAGCUGACCUUGUAUCUGUUCUCAAAGAAGCUAAGCAAGUAGUAAAUCCUAAAUUGCAAGAGCUGGCUGAAAGAGGUGGCGGUGGUGGUAGACGUCAUCGUGGACGUGGCGGAAGAUAUCGUCGUGGGCGACGCUCUAGAUCUCGUUCGAGAAGCCCACGUCGGCGUCGCUCUCGCUCGCGGUCUCGAUCCCGCGACCGUGAUCGCGACCGUGAGCGUGAACGUGAUCGCGACCGCGACCGUGACCGUGACCGCGAUCGUGAUCGUCGCCGCCGCCGUCGCAGCUCUUCCCGGUCAUCCCGCAGUGGAUCAUCACGAUCAUCAAGAAGUCGUUCACGCUCCCGCUCCCGAUCAAGAAGUCGAUCUCGCUCAGGCAAGUGCAGCCCAAAGAAGGACACUACGGAUGUAGCACCUAAAGUGACCCCCCAAGCCCUAUUGCCCACGCCGAAACCACUACUGCCCACUCCCAUAGGUCCUCAGUUACCACCUAUAACCCGAAACGAUAAAGUUAAUGGUAAAGUUUCACAUACCCAUAAAACUGAUUCUCACGAUAGAGGGACUACAAAAAGUAAUAAUAAUCAAAAUAAUUCAUUAUCAAAUAAUAAUGUUGAUUUUAAUCAAAAACAACAACAACAACAGCAAAAUCAACAACAGCCACAACAUCAACAACAGCAGCAGCAGUUGCAACAACAACAGCAGCUGCAACAAAAUCCACCGCAACAACAGCCUCCUCCUCCAAAUACUUCUAUUCCCCCAUUAAUGACCAUCAACCCUCAAAGUAUGUGUGUUCCACCUCCAAUGAACGGUCAAGGUUUCGUAAUGCCACCGUUUUUUCCUGCUGAUCAAUAUGGUAUGAUGAUGCCCAAUUUUCCCGGGGGACCUAUUAAUCCCAUGAUGGGUCCCAGCGGGGGAUGGUCGGCGGCGCCACCUCCACCUCCCCCUCCUCCACCUAAUUCCGAAUACUCUGGUAGUGGAAAUCAAGGGCAGCAGGGUAUAGGGGAGAUGGGUCACGAGUCAGAUUCCAGGAAGCAUGAUUCACACUCUGCCGGAGGUCCCGGUCCGGGCAGAGGCUUGGGCCAUGGUGGUGGCCGCGGCCCGGGCGGCGGCCUUGGCUCAGGUGGCGGCGGCCUCGGCUCCGGUGGGGGCCUGGGCUCGAGCGGGCACGGGCCGAUGGGCCCGGGGCUCGGCUCAGGGCUCGGUUCGGGUCUUGGCUCGGGCGGAGGCCUGGGCUCCGGUGGUGGUCUCGGUGGCGACGGCGGUCUCGGUGGCGGUGACGGCCACGGUGGCUCUCGUCCACGAGGCCGUGACAGACGCCGUCGAGGUGGAAGAGGGCGAGAUCGCAACGACGAUGACUCUGAAGGUCUGACCGGAGGCGGUCUUGGAUCUUACGGCCCCGGGUGCCCCGAUGGGGGCGACCUGGGCCAACCUCCCGGCUACGGAUAUGCCCCUGGCGGUCUCGGUGUGCCCCAUGGGAGCCUUCUGCCGCGCAUGCUGCCCCAGAAUGGCGGCGAUGUCAUCGGUCCACAAGGAGCUAAUUUCACUGCUUUUGGUUCAUAUGGAACAAAAAAUAAUCAAAGAUAUGACGAUGAAAAUAAUUUUAAUCAAAAUUAUGAUAAUUGUGGAUAUGGGUCGGAAAUGAAUUACUACAAUAUGCAUAAUAUGGGUCCUGGCAGACCGAUGGGUAUGGAACAGCAUGAUUAUGGCAGUGCGCCGGCGAACGGCUCCAUGGGGUACAAUAAUAACCGCCAGAGGAAUCGCCGGCGAUGAAAUAACAGAGAGAACGGAUACAAUGGCGAUUCCCGAAGGCGUAGAAGGCGAUGAACUGCUAAAAUGUGUGUGAAUGAAGAACAAAUUACUCUAGGUUUUGAUAAUUUAAAAUAAUUCCAUUCCACAUGAAUAAAUGUCAUUAGUAUUUGUGUAUAAAACUAAGACUUCAAAUUAAAAUUGUAAAUUAACCUUCAGUUUUGGAGGCUGACAUUUCAGAUUAGGAUACUAUUAUAGAUUUAAACAUUUUAUUUACAUAUAGAAAUCAUUUUAAAGUGGCAUUUAAAUAAGUUGCUGCUCUAUAACUUAAUACUUUACACAAGUUUAUUUACUACAACGCUAUUAUCUGAAUUGUACAUUCAUUCUUAUUAUUAAAAUUUGUUGUUAAACAGAAAAACAACAGAAUUAUUUGGUUUUUAACAUGUUAACCUAUAAAAAAACCAACAUUAUUUUAAUGCCCUACCAUGUAUUGUAUGAAGUCUCAUGCUAUAGGCACACAUUUGAUUUAAUAGCACUUUAAACUUCAAAUUUUUUGCUUACUGUGUGCGACUAAGUGCAAUCUUUAAAAUGAAAAAAAUUAUUAGGUUUGAGAGGAGUAGGCGUCAAGAGACGCUAGGCGGGAUUUAUUUUCAGAUAUUUCAUGCACAUAGAUAUAUCCCAAAGUACCAAUAGAGUACACUUUUUCUUUUGAGUAUUUGAUAGUGUUAAGUGUACUUAAAACUAAGACAAUCUCAGUAAAAGCGUAGAACUGCCUACAGUUUUUUAUGCUUGUUUAGCCAUGUUUAACAUGUAGCUAUUACACUUAAGCAACGUAUAAUUCAGUAAUUAUUAAUCUAGAAAUAUUUGUGUUUUGUAUUAGUUUAGUUUGAAUAUCGUUUAAUCUCAGUGUAAGUAAACAUUAAUAAAUUUUACACGAAUAAUGCAUU